CGGCCAAGUUUUGACUAGGCAUUGGUUCCCUUCUCCCACUCCUCCCGACAGUUGGUUUGCUUAAUUUGCGUGUUUUGUGACACGGUACACAAAAACCUGUCAUAGUACUCACCUGUACUUGUGAAUAACAUAACGGUCUCUAUCUCAAAGCCCUUUUUCUGGUUAAAAUUGACGUUUAAGCUUUAAUGAAUCACGAGAAACCGGAAACUCCUCCUUUUACCCAAACGGCGUUUAAUAAAAGCAAAUCAAGCUUUAUCCAAGCAAAUAAUGAUGGACAAGGAGGUGUACGAAGGGGAUCUUUCCAUUCAGAUAUUUCAAAUGGAUCACGAACUUCUAUAAGAAAACAGAAUCAGCAUUCCUCCAACAUCGAGCAGUCUAUAACAAGAUUGCUUGUGGCUACAAAGCAACUCCUUGAGAAGUUGACUCUAUGGAGCAAAAAUGCGGCUACUGGAAAUGAUGUGUCUGAUGUUUAUGUGAGACUUUCUAGUGAGUUCGGAGAGUCGUGUGCAGUAUUUGAAGCUGCUGGAGUAGAAGUUACUGAUAUGUUGAGCCUUCCUCAUCGUCUUCGGCUGGUUCUCGAAGAAACACUCUCUGGGCCUGCUUCGCCUGCUUCUUUGGAAAGACAUCUUCCGGCUGUUCGGGAGAUUGUGGUCACUCUCCUUCAAUCCCUCAAGCGUAAGCAGGCUUUCUUCAAGACUAUACGCCAGAGACAUCCUCCAAUUAUCCCUACCGCCGAAGGGGAACGCAGUGCAAGUCAAUCUUCUGCAAAUGUUAGAAGCCAUUUACACCCUCCUCCUGAACCUGAACCUGAUAAGCCUCAGUCCAAGGAGGUCUGGGAUAGGUACGCAGCUUUAAAGAGUACCAACGUCCUUGAGAGAAGAGCUAGUAAACGCUUUUCCACAUUUUUGACCUCUCGUUCACCUGAACACGCAGAGUCUACACUUCCUCAACUCAGCGUACAAGAUGUUCGUAAUCGCAUGCGCGAGAAGAAGGAGGCCAAUUUUCUUUCGCAGCAGCAGCAGCAACAGAAUUAUCAAUCACCGAGACCACACUUUCCUCGCCCUACGUCUCGACAAGCCAUGGCGCGUGCCCCGAGCAUACGUAACUUUUCCGAUGGUAAUGCUCAGGAGCGUAAGAGUGACCGACCCAUACGACCAGGACUUAGUCGUACAGCGUCGCUCAAUGUUUCAAACGAUAUAUAUGCACCUGCACCUAACUACAGCAAUGACUCGUUCACUGUUCCUAAACAACAACCUCCCUCGCAAAAGUCAACUCCGGCAGUUGUUUCCACGCCUUCACCCGCUAUUCAACCAAAGAAAACCCCAGAGCGCCGCGAACCAUCUCCGGAAGCGUCUAAUCAUCAACCACCCGCAAACUUGCCCAAGUCCCUCUUUAUACGAUGGAGUAAUAUCACGAAAAAGAUUCCAAUGCCCUCAGAAUUGCACACUCCGGGAGAGGUGUAUAAUGUAUUUAAAGCUUCUUUUCAUGAUAUUCCAGACGACGAAGCACUAAUCUUUGAGAUUCGUGAUGAAGAAACGCAAAUUAAUUAUCUUCUUGAGGACCUUUCUGAGGUGAAGAAUGGAUCCCUUCUUGUUGCAGUGCAAAAGCCGGAUGUUGAGCAAGAAGAUGAACCCGUAAAGGAAGUUGAGCCUGAACCAGUCAAGCAGGAAAACCCUGAGGUUACUGAGAUGCUUAUGAAAAAGUUGGAAGAGAUCGAAGACAAGAUUAGCCAAUUGAAGUUGGCCCCCGCGCCCGCAGCUGAGAAAGAAUCGCAACCUACUGUUCGUGUAUCUAGCGAUGGAACCUCUUCUCAACUCGCCUGGUAUCAUCAAGAGGUGAAGGCAGCCAAGCUUGAGCUCGUUGCCGUGAAGCAAUCGCUUAUUUCUAUGCUUGCACGUGUGCCUUUAAAAUUCGAGGAAUUCAAGAACAAAGUUCUUGAUAUUUAUGGUUCCACUAAUAAUAACACAGUGUUGGAACGCACUUUCAUCAAUAAGUCUAAGCUUAAAUUGGAAUCAAAUUUAGCCAAUAUCGUCUCUAACUUUGAUGAUCUCAAUGAUUUAGUUGAGUGUCUCCGUGCUGAUGUCCUUCACCGUAAGGUGCGUCCUGGUUUGGACCAAGUCGCUGCUUUACGGAAGGAUAAGAAACUGCUUGCCAAGGAAAUCGAGGACUUGGAAGCUACAUUGAACAGCGUUACGCCUUCAUGGAAGAAGCAAUGGGAAACCGAGUUAAACCAAAUUGUUCAGGAGCAAGAGUUCCUCAACAACCAGUCUGAAAUGAUACUGGAUUUGAAACGCGACCUUGACUCCGUUUCCACGGUUCUUGCGAAUGUCACAGCUAUUGCUGAAUAUCAGAACCAAACACCUCUGGAAUCCAAGCCACUUCAGCUUCUUACUGCUUCGAACCUUGAUGUCGGUGAGUAUCGUAACCGAAUUAAUCUUGAGAUAACCAAGUUAAAACCUGAUUCGGAAAGCCGACUUGAAGCCAUUCGUCGGGCCGAAGCACUUCGAAAGAAGAACCUCUCGCUGAUGGAAGACAAGUUCAAGGCAGAACUGGAGGAGUUUGUUAAGGAGGACAAGUUCCAUAAGAUUGGUGGAAUUGAAGAAGUGAAUCGUUUGCGUGAACUCAAAGACAAGGAAAUCCUCAAAGCCAUCUGGGAUGCUAGAGACGCUUCCAAUGACAGUACGUCGAGCGCUUCCAAGCGUCCGUCUCCUAAGAGACAGCAAGCCCAACUCUCUUCCACGCCUGCUGAUGAAUCUUCAAAAGGUACUGAAGACGCCGCUGUCCCCAGCGAUCCUGUUGGUUCUACCGUUAGUAUUAGCAGUCAACCACCGGUGUCAACACCCAAGUUGGCUCCCGUACCUGUACCAACACCUGCACCAGUUACGGCGCCAGCAGCCGUCCCUGCCCCUCCUGUUUCGUCCAGUCCUAAGGAAUCAUCAAAACCUCCCGCGGCUCGCCAUGGUCACCAUCGUUCCGUAAGUUCCGCCGUUUUCCAAGACGCAGAUGCGGACCAGUUCUUUGAUGAUCCAUCUUUCCUUGCUUCUAAUGGAAAUGUCACCGACGGUAAUCAUGAGCACAAGCACAACGAUUCAGAGGGCGUGCCUAAGGCAGACUCCCCAGGACCGCUUGUCUCUUCCAUUGUGACCACCUUCACAGGAGAAGAGAAUGAUGAUGAGGCCAUUCCUGACUCACCCACACUUACGUUUGCGUUUUAGGGUACCAGAAAAAGGGAAUCUUGAGAACACUCCCGUUAUUGACUGAGCCAAUUUUGAAAUGCAUUUUUGGGCCUUUAAUUUUUUUUAUUUUUAUUAUUAUUUACUUAUUUACAACAGCCUUCAUUCCGAGUGUCUCUCCCACAAGUCUUACGUUACAUUCGUUCAUUCAAUCACUAACUAUUCGCUCGUUUCAUUAUUGUCUGCACUCACUAAUGCCUAGAGCAAGUGAGAUCAGACAAGUCAUUAGGCAUGUGCAGCGAUAAACUGCUGUAACAGAACACAAAGACAUGGUGGCUGCCCCAGAAUGAGAAGAAUUAUUUACGUGGAGCACAAUUAAACACGACGAACACCGUAGCCCAAGAGCAAUACCGGCAGGCCCACUGUUUUGAUGAAAGCAGCAAUUGACUUGAUGGCUGCGUAUGCCAUACUACGCUUCUCGAGGAACAGGAAGUCUACCAUGUCAUGGACAGCUGUCGCACCGUACACGUAUAGACCCAAAUAAAAGGCACCUUUAUAACUGACAGUUCCCGUCAAUUGCAGUAAGGCGCCAAUUGAGUAGGCUUGUAUAAGUGUACCAACCGAUUUAGAGAGGAAGGAGCAAGUAGCCUGUUUCUUCAACGAACCCUUGCAACAUUCAAACUCUUCUUCAUUUCGCAUUCUAAAUGUCGGUUAGAAGAAGUGUCUUUCACCUAAGUUGGUCAGAUGGACAACGAGACGGCAUUAACCAGGAUUGGCAUUUUUAAUUCCAUGUUUGUCUCAUCCUCCACUACAACACGACUUACACUUUUGCCCAUGUGUUUCCCAUCAAUGGACCAUAGACCAUGAAAUCCGCAGCAUAAUUAAAAGCCGAGCCCAAAAGAAUGGCACUGGGCCGAACAUAAGGAAAGUAGGAGAAGUACGAAGACAUUUUUACGCUUAAUUAAUUAAACCGACCUGUAACUUGAAGCCUGUAGAUUGUAGACUGCGUUUAGGAG